GUAAACACGGUGUGCACAUGGGGAACGCCAAUGGGCGAAUAGGAUGCUGCCAAAGCCGCAGCUCAACUGAUGUGACGAGAGACUCCAAUAGGUUGGCCCGCAAAAGCAACACAAGGAAUAAAAAUGAUGACGUGAAUAAUAACGAGAAAGUGGAAGAAUCCGUUCCACAAAAUACUGCUUCAGCACAUCCACUCACAGAAGAUGAUUUCAUAGCCACUGGAUUCAAGGAUCUUCUGUGCGGAGAAUGGGAUGACAAAAUAUUGGUGUCGCUCCUAGGAGGACAGCCAACCAAGCUUAAUUCUCUAAUAGAUGUAGUCUCGACGAAUGGACUAGUUGAAAGAGGGCCCGUUGUUCUUAAGGACGGAUCAGUCUAUUGUGGCCAGUGGAAAGGAAAGAAACGACAUGGAAUGGGCAAACAUUUCGCAAUGGAUGGAACCAGAUAUAUGGGAUCCUUUGAAGAUAAUAUGUACAGUGGAAUGGGAGAUAUACGUUAUGUUAACGGUGAUAAAUUCAAAGGAUACUUCAAAAAUGGACUUAAAAAUGGAAAAGGCGUGAUGUGGUAUACCAACGGUGAUAUGUUUGAUGGAACAUGGGCAAACGGACUGAGAAACGGGUUUGGAGUUGAACGCUUCUCUGAUGGAUCAGUAUACAUGGGAAUGUUCAAAGAUAAUAAACGUGAAGGCGAAGGAGAAUUAAAAUUAAGUAAUGGAGUUGUAUAUGAAGGAACGUUCGAUAAUGAUGUUACCGGGCAUGGUCGUAUGAUGUGGCCGACCGGUGAAUGCUACAUAGGAGAGUUUAGACAUGGUUACAAACACAAUCAUGGGAUUACCACAUAUAGAAACGGGCCCGUGGCUAGCGAAAAAGGAAGGUACAACAUGGGACGCUUAGACGGAGUUAUCGAACGUGUGAUGCGUGGAGGACAAAAAUUCCUCUGCGUUUACAAUAAGGGAGAGUUCAUCGAAGAUGUGACAAAUAACAAAGAAGCAGAAAAACAAAUGGAGAUGGUACCAGAACCAAAUGAACCUACAAAGAAAUUGGUAUUAGUAGAUGAAGCCGCAUAAAUAAAGCGGCUAUCGGCAAACGUAUAGUUAUACAUAUAUACACAAUCGGAUAUACAACUUAUGAGGGAGUAUGAAACAAAGAUUUUCUAUUUAUCCCCGCUUCAUGUGAAAUCGUAGCAGAAACUUGUUACA